GGCAGGGGAGGGGCCUCGCGGAGCCCAGAAAAACGACAACGCGAGAAAAAUUAGUAUUUUUGCACUUCCCAAAUUAAUGACCAUGAGUUCGUUUUUGAUAAACUCCAACUACAUCGAGCCCAAGUUCCCGCCCUGCGAGGAGUACUCGCAGCACGGCGGCGGCGGCGGCGGCUACCGCCUGCACCACCCGCACCAGCCGCACCUGCGCCCGCCGCCCGCCAGCCCGGGCCCGCCGCUGCCCGACUACUACCCGCGGCCGAGCCGGGAGCCCGCGUACCAGCCGCCUCCGCCUCCUCCGCCUCCGCCUCCGCCCGAGGCGCUCUACCCCGCGCAGCCCCGCAGCUAUCCCGAGGCGCCCUACAGCUACGGCACCCCGGGCCAGGAGCAGCCGCCCCCGGGCGCCUCGCCUCCUCCUCCGCCUCCUCCUCCGCCUCCGCCUCCUCCCGCCGCCAAGGGCCCCCGCGGCCAGCCCCAGCCCCUGCUCCCCGGCCACGUCCUGCAGCGCCACUGCGAAGCGGCCCCGGCCGCGGCCGGCCCCGGCUGCGCCCUGCUGCCCGACAAGAGCCUGGGCGGCGCCAAGGGCAAGGAGCCCGUGGUGUACCCCUGGAUGAAGAAGAUCCAUGUGAGCACGGUCAAUCCCAAUUACACCGGAGGAGAGCCCAAAAGGUCUCGCACUGCCUACACCAGGCAGCAGGUCCUGGAGCUGGAGAAGGAGUUCCACUUUAACCGGUACCUGACCAGGAGGCGACGCAUUGAGAUCGCGCACACGCUCUGCCUCUCCGAGCGCCAGGUCAAGAUCUGGUUCCAGAACAGGAGGAUGAAGUGGAAGAAAGACCACAAACUGCCUAACACCAAGAUGCGCUCCUCCAACUCCUCCACCCUUAGUCAGCCAUCCAAAGCACAGACAGCGGGCCACCAUCAGCUGGAUGGCUCCACACCAAACUCCUCAGCGCUAUAAUUAUUUUUGAUACAUAGAGAGAGAGAGAGAAAUAUAUGUUUGUUUGUGGGUUUUUUUCCCAGCUGCCUAUUUUUGUUGCUGGUGGUUGACCAUUCGGACCAAACAACUGUGUAAAAAAAAAAAAGAAAGAAAAAGCCCAGAACAAGAAGUCAGAAGAAGGAACGUGCUCUGUACAAGGGCACGUGUUGAAACCAAAACCUGGACAUUGUAUACAGCUAAUGAUUCCAUUACCGUCAUUUUUUUUCUAUUUAUGGAAAUCCUCUGUAGCCUCAGUAUUACAGAGGGCUGGAAGUUGUAAUGGAUUGAUUCUGUACCUAAGAAGGACUCUUUUUGUAUAUAUCACUUUCCAAAUAAAAUGCGGUUAACAAACAAAAAUACGAAUUUGUGAGACACUUGUGUAAGACAGUGACUUGAAUUGUGUUGUUUCGUGGAAUGUUCGUGGAUUCUCAUGUGUACACACACACACACACACACACGCACACACGCACACACGAAAGCAGAUCUUAUUUCAUGGAGGUUUUAAAAGCUCUUAUGAAAGCUGUCCCCCUACAGUCUGAGGGGAAAUGUUUUAUGUAUCGAGAGUAAUUUAACUGUUUUUAAGUGUAGCCCCUUGCGGUAGUUGUGAUAUACUAGUUUCCCCCAUAUCCCCUAUUGCAUUUAUUUAUACACACACACACACACACACACAUAUUGCUAUAAAGGCUGUUGCUGUCUUCGUAUCUGGCACCCGCUAAAUCGUUUGGGUCCGUGUACAAUUUGUGGAUUUUGGUGUAAUGUAUAUAGUGCCCCAUGCUGGUAAUAAACAAUGUUCUGUACAAAAUAAUUAAAGGCUUCAAACACAAA